AUGGCUAACGUCACGGAGCAUCCCAUUCGGGUGAAGAGGAGAAAGCUUGAUGACAAACCUCAUGGGAAUCAGGAAGCAUCAUUCACAUCGCCAGCUCAACUUCGUGAAGUGCUGAGUUUUAAACAGAAUCCCCAGCUGGCCAAUAAAGGAAUCAUCCAAUUUAAACAGUUUCUACUGUCAAUUGGUCAGGCAAGCGAGAGUGACAAGGCCGAGAAGCUGCGCGUUUUGAAAGGCUACUGCGAUAAGCAAUUCACUCCCGCUAAAGAAGAAGGUGCCGAGGCGAUCUGUUUCUCGGAUAUCACUCAGACCUGGAACUUUGGAGAAGGCAGCAAUCAUGAUCAUUUGCUAACCAAUGUCCCUUCGGUGCUUGCCAUCUUUCUAAAAACCAUCUCGGGGAACCUGGAGUUCCGAGAUUUCGGCCUCGCGUUAUGCAAGCACCUGCUACAAAAGGACCAACUGAGGCUCUUCAACCGUGGCCUGACUGCUUUCAAGUCAAAGGAGCAUCUGAUCUCACCAUGCCUUCGUCUGCUGACUGAGAUCGUUACUUUCGAUGGCGGUGCUGUGGCGCGGCAACUGUAUCUUCGUCGCCACAUCACUUUCAAGCGUCUCGAAAUGUUCUUGACCCCAAGCAAGGCACAGAUGGAGACCGGAGAAGACGAAUCGCAGAAGUCGACACUUCGACGAAACGCUCAGCGAUACCUACUAGCCAAUUUGAGGGUGCAGCAGCAUCUAGAAAAGGGUGAUAUUAUCGAGCAGCACAAACUCACCCGGGCUUUCCUCGAUUAUCUUCGCAAGGACCCGCGGGAGACAGUCUUGGAAACCAUCAAGUCAAUUGAGAGGGAUAUUGUGCAAGAUGCUUCUCUAUCCCGCAAGUCGAAGAGCAAGUUCUUCAACCGGUGGAACAUGGAAAAACUGGUCACCCUAUACGGCUACGAUCGAGAAUCAGACGAGCCCAACCCCGAAGGAAUCUCCAUUGCGAACGAGAUCCAUCGCAUUUUGCUGACUGUCUGCAAGACUGCUGGCCUGGGUGUCCUGCUUCCCGAAAACGGAUGGUAUCCAGUUGGAACCGACCCAGAGUCUUUGAUUGAGGAUGAAACCUCUAUUGAACUGGGCCUCGAUUCCCCCAUAUACGUUGACAAGUACCGAGACCUAGUUCCGGUUCGAAACAACACGCUGUCGCAUCUUAUUCAAUGUCUUCGCCCCGAUGCAGACAGUCUACAGAUUGAGUUGCUGGUGACGAUUUUCAAGGUUGCACCAGAGUUGAUCGCCGACUUCUUCACCAAGAAAGUCAUGUUCACAUCGGACCCUAAAGCAACUCCUUCCUGGAUGGCAGAAUCGGCCCUCCUUUUCUCGAUUGUUCAGUUGCCAGUUCCCACAAACUGCGGCUGGAAGGACAAGCAGCCCAUGCUGCCCCCACCAGUUUCGAUUGUUGCAGAAAACAUUCUUCCUCGUCCUCUGAGCCAGAAGAUCAUGACACGUUGCUUGAAUCAAAAUGCAGAGAUUGUCACUUUAUUCGCCGUGCGCAUGUUGACCUUAUCAUUCACAAAAUUGCGGGCUGUCCUGAAAAUCUUCCGGGCCGAUCAUGGCCGAGCACAGUUGUUCUGGAAUCAAGCGUCUUCCAAGCUGCUGGCUGAGUUCUCGCGCAGAUGUCCUGCCGUCAAAGAUGUUGUCCUUCUUUUCCGACGAACGGCCAAGGAGGAUUUGCAACAGCAAGAAGCUGUCGCAGAACUACUUACUUGCUACUAUGAAGUAAUGCCCGAUAUCGCUCUAGAGGAGAACUUCGAUGUUUCAUUGGUUUUGGUCGAUGUGUUAAAACGGUUGGAAGAAUCGGAUCUCAGCGCAGAUGAUUCAGAGCUACUUUUGAGCCAGUUGCAGAGCGUUCUUCAGAUCGCUCAACAGUCCGCCUCACUGCGUUGGUGGCAAAAGCCAGCUUCUAUGAACUAUACUCCAUUUACAUCCAUUCUCAAGGUUCUUAUCGACACCUCCGACAAGGUCUCUUCCAGGCGAAUUUCUAUUCUUCUCAGAAGUAUCCUGGUGGAGAACUCUGUUCUGCACAAUGCUCCUAAGGCGUUCAAUGCCCUGCUUUCUAGUCUUGAAGACUCGGAAAACGAGCUGCCCAAGCAAUUAGUCUUCUUUGACAACUGCGUGUCCCGAGUGGCCAAGAAGCCCGUACACUACCUAGACCUCGUCGGAUCUCUGGCCGAUGAUGAAACUGCCACAAGCCCCAUUGUCGCGGCCAUUAUGGAACAGUGGCCCUUUGUUGUCAAGGCUGGUGAUGAGACCACGGAAGCGGCCGUUGCAUCUUGGAUUGCCAAAUUUUUGGGUCAAUUGAAAAAGGAGGGUGAGAGCAGCAAGACGUUGAAGGCUGCCCGUGAUUCACUGGUCGAGGCUACAGAAAAUAAGAAGAUCCGUUCUCUUUUCAAGAAAUGUCUUAAGGGAACAGAAGAUGCGGACGACGAGGACAAAAUGGACAUUGACUCCACCCCUGCCCAGUCCACCGGAGCCAACAAGGCUUCCACGGUGGAUCUUGAUGAAAUCUUUGGUUUCCUUCCCACCGACGGUACAAGUCACAACGCAUUGCAUAGAUGGGAGAGAGAGGAAAUUGAGGUAGCCAUUGAACAAGGCCAUAUUGAUGAGCUGAUUCUCUGUCUUUGCUCCGAGCACGAAGAGGUCCGAAGACAAGCUGUGGCUAACCUUGUUCGUUUCAUGGCCAAGCUAAAGGAAUCCAAUUACGCUGAAUGGCGCACUGUGUACACUUUGAUCGGAGAAUUACUCGAAACCGCAAGCAGCCUUGGCUUCGACCAACCGAUUCCCUGGAUCAUCGGCGAGUGCGCCUCAAGCUGUCUUUCUGUUCUCCUCAGCCCCCUACACAAAGUCUACGGAAAGGUCAACAAAUUCCUGCAAAAGGCUCCAUCUUGGGAAGUGGAAAAGAUCCCAUCCUAUUGGAUCGACCGUAUCUUCCUGCACGAGCCCGAAUUGGACGAUGGCUACUUUGAAGAGAUUGACUGGUUGCUCGGCCUUUUCGUCAAGGGUCUCCGCAGCAAAGCCGACAUGGAGAUCUACCGCCGCGCGAACGUCUUCGAGCGUAUCCUUUCUCUGUACCAGUCGCCAAGUCUGAAUGACUCAGCCCGCCGAAAGAUCUUGCACAUUAUCUACCGUGCCGCACAGGUGGGCGGUAGCUCUACACUGAUUACCCGUUCGGCUGUCAUAAGCUGGAUUCAAGUGCAGACUGCAGAGCUUGAGCCCUCUGGUAAAGAUGCUGCUCUCCUUGCAGCUCUUGCACGCGCGCUGUAUGAGACCUCGGACCGCGAGCGGAUCGACACAUGGAGCGCCGGUACUGUUGAGCGCGCCUUGAAAGAGAUUGAAACCGCAGCGUAG